AAUUUCUUAUAAAAAGAGCUUGUUGAGGUGCACGGGUUAUUCACUUCUGCUGGUGCUUUCAAAGUCUGAUUUCAAGAAUUUCUCUAACACAGCACGGGUUCUGUACAACAAUGGUGGCUAAGUUGUUUAUAACGUUGAUGGCGCUAGCCGUAAUGACGGCCUUUGUCCUGGCAGAUGAAGACGGUGAUGAGGACUACCUUCCCGUUGAUGAAUUAAUGGAGUUCGUGAAACGAGGCCGCGGCAGGGGCAAGAACAGGGGAGGCAAAAACAAGCUCGGACCUCUCACACGGGAUGAUAUGGAACCUUGCGAGAAGUACGGUCAAGCAUGUACGUGUGACAAGAGAAAGAAGGGACCUGGACGUUUCCUUAUAUGUUCUGGUUAAUUAGCAUCACUAACGACAUCAGUUGGGCCGACACAAGUAACUGUUGAAAAAGGUUCAACACAACUUCGAACCCUACAAGCUUCGAGAACCCACUUGGACAAUCCUCUUUUAUUUGAACAUUUUUAACAUGGUGCUAGUUUAUACUCUAAAUAAAACCAAUCAAUCACUAAAACAUCGAGUUUUACCACGAAGGAAACAUGAGCCGAAGGAGGUGGCAGAGGGCGCUAUCAGAAGUUGACACAGCUUGCAAUAAAUAUGAGGACACUUAAAAUCUCCAGGCGAAUUCUGUCCGCCGGAGAUUCGGUCCCAUCAUGGGAAUUUAACGUGGGCUGCGGAGGAUUCAAAAGAGGGCGCUAUCAGAAAAAAGUUGUAGCAAGUUUGCCAUAUGGGGGACCAUUAAUCUCCGGGGAACAGAUUCUGCCACCAUUACGGCACUCUACUAACUGAGCUAGCGAUAGCCCUAUGUUGGUUGUCAUUUUUUUCUUCAAGAGUACCAGUCAAAUAAAAAUAAACUGCAAGAGGAAUUCACCUGGUAGCUUAAAAAACAUUUUGGGUUGAACGAGCAAUAACUACAAGCAAGAUUGAACCAACGACUGAUUAAGAUUUUAAAUAAACAAACCAAUGUUAUCCUUAGCAAGGAA